AUGCCGCUGUGUGCGGACCUCAGUGGAUGUGUCCGUCUCAAGAAGACGUGUCAGCCCUCAGAGUCGGUUCGCAAACGAAAUGCCCAUGUAGCUGAAGAGUCUGAUAUUUACACGGAUCGCUCGAUUGGAAAACAAAAUGGAGAGCCUUUUUUGCUCCAAGCCAUCCACGCCGUAACCACAUUCUCAACGCAGGAAAGGGUAGUCCAAGUUGAAGAGCUCAAGCGCCUCCUGUUCACAUCUGCUUUGCUCAAAGUCCAGUCAAAUAUCGACUUACUCCUUGGAUUAUUGACUUGCCUUGCAUGGAGCAGCGACGCAUUUCUCGGAAGAGCGGACCUCGUUUCUUGUCUGAUGAUGCUCGCCAUUUCACUGGUAUACGAUUUACGGCUGUUCAAACCAUCCUCAAUAGAUGUGGAAGUCAUGAUGUCUAUGACGCAGGGUUGGGCUGAAGAAAGUCCUCGGAACCUCGACGAUGAAACCCCUUACGGCAUAUUGGAGAGGCAGCGGGCAGUGCUGGCAUGUUUCAUUUUGAGCUCUAAUGUUUCGUCACACCUUGGGCGUCAAGAUGCAAUACGGUGGACACCUCAGAUGGACGAGGCGCUUCGAGUCAUCACAAUGGACAACUCAUGCCCUACGGAUAAACUAUUUGUCGCCCAAGUACGGCUGCAGCUGCUCAAGCAAAAAGCGGAAUCUCGCCCAGAUAGGCAAGUAGAUACUCUGGCAAAUAACCUAGUAGAUUGUGUCCACCACAAGAGUGCUGAUGCCUUCGCCUGGGGAGACACCCAGGGUUCACUUGUAGAUAUUCUCAGUACACAUGCGCAAUACGUCGAAUUAUACAUAAAUCACUUAGCUUAUUCCAUAAGCCAAAGUUCGCCGCCUCCUGAUACAUCCGGACGACAGAGCGACAGCUGGAUAUUACCGGGAUUCGAACGCCUGGAGUGCUUGUGGCAGUCGGUCGAGAACAUCAAAGCAUGGCUAGACGAUUUCUACAAAAUCCCCUGCUCAAAGCUGCCCGGUCAGCCGUUUCAUUUUUGGUCACAGAUGAUUCUGACCAUCACACUUCUAAAAUACCUAUCCACGCUCAAGGACCCAGAAUGGGAUUGCCAUGCGGUGCGGAAUAAGGUGCACCUGAUAUCAACAAUGGACGACCUGCUCCAAAAGCUCGCGCUAAGCAGCAAGGAGCCGGAACUCCAGUGUGAUGAUCAUCUGCUUAAGUAUUUAUCUAAGCUUCUAGCCAGGUGUCGGGUGUGGGGUGAAAUUCGGUGGAACAUGGCUUCUCAGGUGCAAGACGUAGAGUCUAGACAGGAGGACCGGGCAACCACCCCUGACACUACCUCCCACAGCCAUUCCCAUAUCCCGGAUCUAGAUCAGAUGGCCUGGAUGCAGUCGAUGGAUUUGGGCGAUGAUCAGUGGUUUGAAGACGUGUUGGGUAUACCGACGACAUUCUAUUAG